CUUAUCCAUACUCCACAAUCAUCAAGAAGAUCUAGUAAGGAUCUGAUUCUAUACAAGAUGAAAGCGAAGGUGGCGAGGCUAUUACACUUUAGAUCGACAGACCCAGAUACGACGACUGCAGCCGACAACAGCCUCGGAUGCAAGGGCAAUUGCCGUCUCCUUGGAAGACGAUUUUACGAAUACCGACAUCCACCUCCUCCAUCUCCUCCACCUCCUAUAGCUCGUAACCCUUUCCAUUACCAUUACAUUCGCCCGUGCUGCAUCCGUCUGCUCACUCCCUCACCCAAGAUCAACGACGGCUACCAUUGGAAGAUACACCGCUUUCACUUUGAAGCAAUCUACAACAACUUCGAGUAUGAUGCGCUAUCUUAUGUUUGGGGCUCUGAUUCGGAACUUCUCGAUAUCAGUCUGAACGGACGUGUUGCGAAAGUGCACCGCAAUCUAUAUAAUGCUCUACCUUAUCUUGCUCGCCGCGGAGGAGGCAGAACGAUGCGACCGAUCUGGAUCGAUGCGCUUUGUAUCGACCAGGCGAACCCUGGAGAGAAGAUGGGUCAGAUCCGGGAGAUGAAUCUCGUUUACCAGCAUGCGAACAAAGUCUGGAUAUGGCUCGGGACUGCGCAGCAACAAGAGCGUAUUCCUGCCGCUAUCCGCUUUCUUGAAAAUUUGCGCGAUGCAAAAUCCAGCCAACCGCACAGGAAAAUCGACGACCUGUACGAGAAAUUGGGCUUUGCAACAUUGCCUGAGAAGUCCGCACUGUCUCAUCUUGUGUUUAACGACUGGUUUGAAAGGCUGUGGGUCCUACAAGAAGCGGCAUUAGCGAAAGAGCCAACCUUCCUUUGUGGAGACAAUGAAUGCAGCUGGGAACUUAUGGAGGAUGCAAUGAGAGAUGAAGUACUCUACAGGCUCUUCAAAAAAGAGUUCUAUGAGGCUGAAAAUCCCGCCCAUCUGUGCGACGACUCCGUGCGUACUGGGACAAGAAGAGCGGCGUGGAGCACUACGGUAUUUCAGGUUCGAAGUUGGGCACGGCACGGUUGGGGUAGAGAAUUCAUUGGCCCUAAGGUUAAUAAUAAGAAGGGCGCUCAGGUCAUGAUGCUAGCAUUCGCGAUCAUCAUGUCACGUUCACAAGUAUGUCUCAGACCCGAGGAUCAUGUCCUUGGUCUGCUAGGCUUGAUGAAACCGAAGUAUUUCUGGCGCACCUGCCUCGACCCAGAGGUACCAUACGUAUCAGUAGAAGACCUGUUCACUCGAGUCACCAAGUUCAUACUGGAGAUAGCUUGGGACCGGGAAAUUGGAACUUUUUGGACGUGGAUUAGCUGGGCAUGCGCACUUGAUAGACGCCAAGGUUUGCCAUCUUGGGCACCGAAUCUAUCUAGCUCAGGGCCGUCGACUAAUAUGCCAAGGAGAUAUCACUCCACAAGUCCGUCUCGGUACACAACUAUCGGAAAGUUGCAACGUUGGUACCCUACCUUUAUAAAACAAGACCAAUUGAAGUUAGCCGGCAAGGUACUCGAUGAAGUCGUCAAGGUGUUCGCGCAGAUGCCUUUUUCUUCUUCGACCCGAGAUGCUCCCAGACCAGAACAGAGGGGUCAUUUGCUAGCUAUCUCGCAUUGGGAAUCGACGAUCGCCGAUGUUGCGAUUGGUCGCACAUUGACACGGUCAAAAGCGGAAGGUGAUGACGAUGGAUCUCUCGAAGAAUACUGGCGUACGCUAGUGGAUAAUCUAAAGCUUUACCAAGACGAGACAAUAACGUACGAUUGGUAUCUUGAAUUUCAAGCGAUGGGACGACGACUGAGAGAUAUCAAUGUCAACCCAGCACAACUGAAUGCAGAGACAGAGCCUCAAUACCCGAGGUUUUACAGCCCUGUGAAGGAUUCUGAAGAGCUUCUAAAAGCGGAAGCCCAAUAUCCGAACGCUUACAAAUUUCUCGAGGCCAUGCAGGAGGCCCGUCACAGGCGACUCUUCAAGACUAAGAAAGGGCAUCUCAGCUCGACAAUGCCGGGUGUGAUGCCUGAUGAUGUUCUGAUAGCGCCGAAUGGGGCGCCAAUCCUAUACGUGAUCAGAAAGGUCAAGGAUGCCGUGGACGAUGAGCCGGAGCUUUGGGAAUUUGUAGGCGAUGCUUAUGUGUAUUCUCCAGAUUGUGAGAACGACAAGGGAUAUACUCUGGAACGCAAGUCCUCUGGCGCAAGCCAGAAGGAAGCGGCUUCGAUAUCGACUUACCAACCCACCUAUGUACACAUUCAAAAGCGGCGAGAAGACUUGAAGCUCGAGGGCGAAGCCUGGGAGAAGGAAGCUCGGGAGAAGGAAGCGGCUUAUCUGGGAGAAAGGUUCGUAUUUGUAUAAAUGAGAGCGGUUUUGCGAAAGGACCUGAAAGAUUCGAAGCUGAUAGAUAGGAGUAUCCCUGCAAAAAAUGCAUGAUAUUUAGCAUCUUCUCCGAGGUGUCCAGCAAAGUUCGUCAUGUGAAGGAGAUGGUGA